GCUUCCCUGAUCUACCUCAACAGCUGUGUAUCUCAACUUGCAGCCCCUCCGUUGUGCAGCAGUAGGGAAAGAGGACUAGAAAGUAGGGCAGAGCAGUCUGGCUCCUUUUCUUUCGAACCAGAAGCACAGACUUGCGGCACGGGGAGAGGAGACUAGUCUUAGGUGGAGGGAGAAAAAGAAAAGAGGUUUCCCGGGAAGCUUGCUGCACUCACUGAGGAAAGAAGCUCCUGGGACAAACAGCAGGACCCACAUCGCAGAACAUCCUUCUUUUUAAAAAAAAAAAAAAAAAAAAAAAAAAAAAAAAAAUCAUAUCAGGGAAAGAAUAUUCACUGAACAGAAAUCUCACUACCUGGAAACAUGCACAAACGUACAAAGAUAAAGAUUGCUAUCUUCGUGCUGCUGGUGGGGAUGGCCUGCAUGUUCACGGCGGUGGUAACGGACCACUGGGCAGUGCUCAGCCCAAAGGUAGAGAAAGUCAACGAGACCUGCGAGGCAGCCCACUUCGGCCUGUGGAGGCUGUGCAAGACGCACAUUUAUAUCAGCUCGGAAGAAUACGUCGGGCAAGGCUGCGGCUCCAUCAACCUGCCAGGAGACUCAAACUGCUCUUAUUUCAGGCACUUCACUUCAGGACAGGACGCUGAGAUAUUUGAAUACAAAACCCAAAAAGAGUACAACAUCUCUGCUGCGGCCAUCUCCAUCUUCAGCCUCGCCUUCAUGAUCUUUGGGUCUCUGUGUUUGGUGGGUUCAUGCACCGGAAGCAAAGGAAGAGACUACCUCCUCAAACCUGCUGGCAUGUUUUUUGCAUUUGCAGGUCUCUGCGCCUUCAUCUCACUGGAGGUGAUGCGUCAGUCAGUCAAACGCAUGAUCGAGAGCGAGGAGACGAUCUGGAUCGAGUACCGCUAUGCCUGGUCCUUCGCUUGCGCCUGCACCGGCUUCGUCCUCCUCUUCCUCACUGGCUUUGCACUCCUCAUCCUCUCCAUGCCUCAGAUGCCCAGGAAUCCGUGGGAGACUUGCAUGGAUGCCGAGCCAGAGCAAGCAGAGUGAUGGCCGGGGGGAGACAGACACAUGCAGACUGACUGUGCCUUUUGUUUUGAGCACCAAUGUGAAAUUAAUUUCAAGAACAACAGCUUGUCAUCAAAUAAUAAGGUCAAAAAUGAGAGGAAAGCGGUGGAUCAUAGCCAUGAUGGGCAAUGCACCUUCUUAACAGCAAGCCUUUUGUAUAAGUUCAGCAUGUUUGCCUUAGUGUAUAAAAUUGGUUCUCUGUAACACUUGCCGCCUUCCUUCUCACUGAGAGCAGACCAUACCCAAAUGGCUUUUAAAAACAUCUGAAAACACUUUUAAAAAUGCCUUCAUUUUCCUGUACAACUCACACUCCACAAACCGGCCAAUUUAGAGGAACUGUUAACUAAUAAAUAUAAAGGUUAUUGUCUGUAUAGUAUAGUCUUACUUGGGCUCUUGUGUGCCACUGUCUUGCUCUUUCUAGCUAUAAAAAAGAAAUACAGUAACCGCCUGAUGUCAGAGAACUCGAUUUUAUGGACUGCAUCGUGUAUGAUAUCCUGUACAUAGCUAAUGUUCUUCUGUAUUUUUUAUGGCUUCACUCAAGGAACCCCUCACUCAUUAAGACGAGAUCUUCAAAGAAAACAACACAUCUCUAGGAUUCAUGGAGAAACUUUAAAGGUGAAAAAUGUCCCAUUGCAUUAAGAAGUUAAACGAAUGGUUUUGAGCAGGGCAGUUUCUCAGAGCAGGUCUGUGUGAGUGUGUGUUAGGCUGAAUGCUAAACACCCAAACACCCACAGACUGCAGCACCAAUCAUGUUGGAUAAGGUUCAGUUUUAGCAGGUGCACAUACAAGGCCUUUUACUUUUUUUUUUUUUUUUUUUUUUUUUUUCCCUUUUCUUUCUAUUUUGUUGUUGACAGAGUCCAAACCGAACUGAUACAAGAAAAUCUCUGUUCACGUUCAGGUGUCAUCGAAUCAUUAUCAGAUUCAUGAUCUGUUGCUGAACUCUAACGCUGCAUGCAAACACCUUGAAAGCACAGACUUCCAAAAAAACUAUUUUAAAAAGAGAGGAGAAAGUAGCAGCUGAGUCGUCAUUAACUGUUAUUGUGUCUGUUUUUGGAUUUCUCAGCUGAUAUACCAACACUCUUAAGACGGUUCUUUACAUGUAACUCUCUCAACAUGGAAAACAAAGCUGGUUAGCAAGGGACCGGUUAGGGUGUCAAAUCUGACAAAAGUAAGCAAAGACAAUGGACUGAUGGAUGGAAUGACAGAGGUCCAGCAGCAUCAUACUGAAAGCCUCAAGCUUUUACUGGUUUUUACUGUGCUUGACAUCGUACAUGGACGUACAUGGAACUUCAGAGAAAAUUAUUUAUUAAUAAUAACAAAAGAUAAAGUAGCAGCAACAGUCAUGAAUCUCCUAUGUUUUCAUGUGUUUGUCUUUUUCAUUGAAUAUGGCAUAGGGUUACAAAUGUUUAGGAAUGCAGUGGACUGUGUGUGUUUCAUGCUUUAACUUUGUAAUGAAAAUUAAAUCUGGGUAAGCUUUGGAAAA